GGCAAACCUUUCAAUAAUUUAUCCUCUGUGUUGGAACUGCCAACCUUUCUUUCGCUCACUUUCUUCUUCUCCAUCUGAGCUCCAAGCUAUGCUCUGAGCCAUCCACGCCCAAAUCUCUCUCGCUCUCUGUGUUUUCCUCUAUGGAGAAGAAAACCCAGUUGGGAUUCAACCAUUUUCUGCUGAUUUCUCUGUUUACUUUCUCCUCAAUCUUCUUCUCUGCCAAGUCCCAAGAACUGACCAUUGAUGCUACUGUAAUGCUGGCUCUGAAGAAGAGCCUCAACCCCUCUGAAUCCCUCGGCUGGUCGGACCCUGACCCCUGCAAAUGGAACCAUGUCCUCUGCUCCGACGACAAUCGGGUCACCCGGAUUCAAAUCGGCCGCCAAAAUCUCCAAGGUACGCUCCCUUCAAAUCUCCAAAAUCUCACUGCCCUUGAGCGAUUGGAGCUCCAAUGGAACAAUAUCUCCGGCCCUUUACCCUCCCUUAGCGGAUUAGCCUCUUUGCAAGUCCUUCUCCUUAGCGACAACCAGUUCACUUCGAUUCCGGCCGAUUUCUUCGCCGGAAUGACCUCUCUUGAUGCUGUUGAAAUUGACAACAACCCCUUCUCGGCGUGGGAGAUUCCGGCCAGUCUCCGGAAUGCUUCCACUCUUCAGAACUUCUCUGCUAACUCUGCGAACAUCUCCGGUUCGAUACCGGAGUUUCUCGGCGGCGGCGACGACAUUCCGGGGCUGACAAAUCUGCAUCUCGCUUUUAACAAUCUGGAGGGGGGGCUUCCUUCGAGCUUCUCUGGGUCUCAAUUGGAGUCUCUGUGGGUUAAUGGGCAAAAGAGUGUCAAUAAGCUAAGUGGGAGUAUUGAUGUUCUACAGAACAUGACUUCUUUGAGUGAAGUUUGGUUGCAUUCCAAUUCAUUUUCCGGUCCUUUACCAGAUUUCUCGAGGUUGAAAGAUCUACAGGUCUUGAGUUUGAGAGAUAACAAGUUUACUGGUCCUGUGCCGAGUUCUUUGAUGAACUCUGAGUCAUUAAGAGUGGUGAAUUUGACUAAUAAUCUGCUUCAGGGUCCAAUUCCAGUGUUUAAAACAGGAGUUGCUGUGGAUAUGACUAAUGGUUCGAAUAGCUUUUGCAAGCCAGAUCCUGGUGUGUGUGAUACACGAGUAAAUACACUGCUCUCCAUUGUGAAAUUUAUGGGUUAUCCUCAGAGAUUUGCAGAGAAUUGGAAGGAAGAUAACCCAUGUAAUGAUUGGAUGGGAAUCUCUUGCAGGAAUCAGAACAUAACCAUCAUAAACUUUCAGAAACUGGGGCUUUCUGGUGUGAUUUCUCCUGAGUUUGCUUCCCUUAAGGCACUGGAGAGAUUGGUUCUUGCUGAUAAUAACCUCACAGGUUCUAUCCCUGAGGAACUUACAACCCUUCCUUUUCUAACUGAGUUGGAUGUUUCCAACAAUCAGCUUUCUGGGAAGAUCCCAAAGUUUAGGAGUAAUGUAAUGGUGAGUACCAAUGGCAACCCCAAUAUCGGGAAAGAAAUGAGUAAUCCGUCCCCGAGUGGUGUUCCAUCGUCUGGAAGAUCGCCUGACGGGAAGAUUGCGGGUUCUAACGCUGGUGAGAAGUCUGGGGAUGGGGAUAAGAAACCGAAUUCCAUGAUUGGAGUCAUUGUGCUUUCUGUAGUUGGUGGUGUGUUUGUUCUUUUCUUGAUUGGAUUGGUGGUUUUGUGUGUGUAUAAAAUGAAGCAGAAGCGGUUUAGCCAGGUGCAGAGCCCGAAUGCAAUGGUUAUUCAUCCCCGGCAUUCGGGUUCGGAUAACGAAAGUGUAAAGAUCACAGUUGCUGGAUCAAGUGUGAGUGUAGGUGCAAUUAGUGAAACACAAUAUGGUGGUAGCAGUGAGGCUGGGGAUAUCCAGAUGGUUGAAGCAGGGAACAUGGUGAUUUCGAUUCAGGUGUUGAAAAAUGUCACUAACAACUUCAGUGAAGACAACAUUUUGGGACAGGGAGGUUUCGGAACAGUCUACAAAGGAGAAUUGCACGACGGGACGAAAAUUGCGGUGAAGAGAAUGGAGUCGGGAGUCAUUAAAGGCAAGGGACUAGCAGAGUUCAAGUCUGAAAUUGCAGUUUUGACAAAGGUUAGGCACCGACAUCUCGUCGCUCUUCUCGGAUAUUGCUUGGAUGGGAACGAGAAGCUUCUCGUCUACGAGUAUAUGCCUCAAGGUACACUUAGCAGGCAUCUUUUCAACUGGCCAGAAGAAGGGUUGAAACCUUUGGAAUGGACAAAGAGGUUGACCAUUGCAUUGGAUGUAGCAAGGGGUGUUGAGUAUCUACAUGGUUUGGCACAUCAAAGUUUUAUACAUAGGGAUUUAAAGCCUUCAAACAUUCUUCUUGGAGAUGAUAUGAGGGCGAAAGUUGCAGACUUCGGUCUCGUUCGCCUAGCACCGGAAGGUAAAGGUUCUAUCGAGACGAGAAUUGCUGGGACCUUUGGCUAUUUGGCACCCGAAUAUGCAGUUACUGGUCGGGUAACGACUAAAGUUGAUGUAUUCAGCUUCGGUGUGAUUCUAAUGGAGCUAAUCACCGGGAGAAGGGCCCUCGACGAAAGCCAACCUGAGGAGAGUAUGCACCUUGUAACUUGGUUCCGCCGGAUGCAAAUCAACAAGGACUCCUUCCACAAGGCCAUUGAUCCAACCAUCGAUCUUACUGAAGAAACGUUCGCCAGCAUCAGCACCGUGGCUGAGUUGGCGGGUCAUUGUUGUGCCCGGGAGCCAUAUCAAAGGCCUGAUAUGGGUCAUGCAGUCAACGUCUUAUCAUCUCUUGUUGAGUUUUGGAAACCAACCGAUCAAAAUUCUGAAGACAUAUACGGCAUCGACCUUGAGAUGUCGUUGCCUCAAGCGCUCAAGAAAUGGCAGGCUUACGAAGGUAGAAGCCAGAUGGAAUCGUCUUCGUCGUCCCUUCUUCCAAGCUUUGACAACACACAGACCAGCAUACCGACGCGGCCAUACGGAUUUGCAGAGUCUUUCACUUCUGCAGAUGGAAGAUGAAAACUAUUCUAAUGUAAAAGAUCACCUCUGGCUUUACAAGUUAUUCCCAUUUGCUUCUUGCAAAAUAGUGUUUAUAUCUUGACCCUUCCAUUUCCGCUGAUUUCUCUAUGUUUUUAGUAUGGAUAUGUAUUAUUAGUGCUUGAACCAGAAAAGACUGUGAAGAGAUGGGGAAAGGGAUAUUUAAAUUUAUCUCUUUAACUCUGAAACUUUUUGGGGACAUUUUGUUAGAACUAAAACCUUAAUUCUCCUUCUCACA